GCGGUCAUGGAUCCCAGACAGAUCGCGUAUCACAGUGCAACACCAAAUAACGUAUAAGCAAGGGAAUGCAUGGUCCCUGUUUAUAAAUGAGACGUGCAUUUUUCAGAUAGAUAUAUAUUUAACUUUAAAAUCAUAGCCUUUUAUCUCUCUAUUUGCGAGCGAGCAAUGGAUGUGCAGGUUGCAGACCGCAGCAGCAUCAAGUCUGCGCCGACAACAAACAGCCCGCAGAAUAACACCGCACAAACCGCGACACAAAAUGCACCAAAGAAGAGGAGGAGAGGCAAAAGAGGGAAGAGACGCAGGGGCAAGAAGGCCAACGAGCCUCCGCCGUUUUUACCACCGGAGGCUGAAGAGGGAAACAUUGAAUACAAGUUGAAGCUAGUGAACCCUACACAGUAUCGGUUCGAGCACUUGGCCACUCAGUUGAAAUGGCGACUUCAGGAGGGCCGUGGGGAGGCGGUGUAUCAGAUUGGGGUUGAGGAUAACGGUCUGCUGGUUGGACUCACAGAGGAAGAUAUGAAAGCAUCACUGAAGACCCUUCGCAGAAUGGCCGAGAAGGUUGGAGCUGAUAUCACACUCCUCAGAGAGAGGGAAGUGGACAGUGAACGAGCUCGACGGAAAAUCGCAGAAGUUCUUGUGCGGAAAGUUCCAGAUGACCAGCAGUUCCUGGAUCUGCGUGUUGCUGUUCUGGGAAACGUGGACUCAGGGAAGUCGACUCUACUGGGCGUGUUGACUCAGGGCGAGCUGGAUAAUGGGCGGGGCAGAGCGAGACUCAACCUCUUCAGACACUUGCAUGAGAUUCAAACCGGCCGGACAUCCAGCAUCAGUUUCGAGAUCCUCGGCUUCAACAGCAAAGGAGAGGUUGUAAAUUAUAGCGAUUCACGUACAGCAGAUGAGAUCUGUGAGAGCUCUUCGAAGAUGAUCACAUUUAUUGAUCUGGCUGGUCAUUAUAAGUACUUGAAGACCACCAUAUUCGGCUUGACAAGCUACUGUCCAGACUUUGCCAUGCUGGUGGUUGGGGCAAACACUGGCAUUGCUGGCACAACAAGGGAGCACCUGGGUUUGGCGAUGGCGCUGAAGAUGCCCAUAUUCAUUGUGGUGAGUAAGGUGGACCUGUGCGGCAAAAGCACCGUGGAGAAAACCGUCCGUCAACUGGAGAGAGUUCUCAAACAGCCCGGCUGCAACAAGGUCCCCAUGGUGGUGGCCAACCCUGAUGAUGCCGUCACUGCCGCACAGCAGUUUGCACAAUCCUCCAGUGUGACGCCCAUCUUCACCCUCUCCAGUGUAUCUGGGGAGAAUCUGGAUCUUCUGAAGGUCUUCUUCAACAUUCUGCCUCCUCUGAGCAACAGCAAAGAGCAGGAGGAACUCAUGCAGCAGCUCACGGAGUUCCAGGUAGAUGAGAUUUACAAUGUGCCAGAUGUUGGGACUGUAGUUGGUGGGACGCUGUACAGUGGUGUGUGUCGUGAGGGAGACCGGUUGGUUGUGGGCCCUACAGAUGACGGGAGGUUCUUGAGGUUGAAAGUGUGCAGUAUUCACAGAAAUCGUUCCGGAUGCCGUGUCCUGAGAGCCGGACAGGCAGCCACGCUCGCUCUGGGAAACUUUGAUCGCUCAUUACUACGAAAGGGCAUGGUAAUGGUGAGUCCUAAGAUGAACCCUACGAUCUGCUGGCAGUUUGAGGCCGCGAUCGUUCUCCUGUUCCAUGCCAAAACGUUCCGCCGUGGUUUCCAGGUCACGGUGCACGUGGGGAACGUGAGGCAGACCGCAACAGUGGAGUGCCUCCUUGGGAAGGAGGAGCUCCGUACUGGAGAGAGAGCCGUGGUGUGCUUCAGAUUCUUAAAGCACCCCGAAUAUUUACGCGUGGGAGCCAAGCUGCUCUUCAGGGAAGGGGUGACCAAAGGCAUCGGACAUGUGACACACCUUCUACCCUCCACCCAGAACCAUGUGCCUGAUCAGAACCACAACCAGAACCACAGUUAGAUACUCUAUACGUCCAAAGAGGACACAUGACUGCAGUUACAUCCUGUCUUUGCCUUGAGAUUGUAUACCCUAGUUUUAACGUGCACCUUCAUUUUCACACUCACAUUAGCAAGAGGCUGUGCUGCUUUAAUCAUAGAUUUGCCUAUAUUAAUCGCAGAUUUGCUUGUGUGUAAAUGCUAUUGACACCUUUGACAUUUUGAUGUAUGUGGUGAAAUGUUUUAUCCCUCUGAAUAAUUAGGGCAGUACUUCAGGUCUUCAUGUUGUGACAAAAAUGUCCUUAAAAUCUAAUAUUAAAAUUGGAGCAAUGAUUGUGUUGUAAGCCAGUGGUGUGAUAUGUAAUAAAUCCAAAGUAAUUCAGUUACGGAUGGCGCACUGCAAAACAUCAUUUUGUUUUAUAAACAAAUAUAUAAACAUAUAUUAAAAAAAAAAAAAAUUACUUGUGAAGCAGAAUGACAUAAGAUAUUAGGUCUUGUUUUAGGAGAAAUCUAACAAAAUUUGGUGGGUUUAAUGCUUACAAUAACAACACAAAAUUGCCAACGGGGUAAUACAAAUAAACUUGUUUUUCCCUUUGAAA